AUGAAGUUUUUGACCUUCUCUGCUUCGCUUUUGCUUGCAAGCCAGGCUCUUGGUGCUGUUAUUCCCUUGAACGGGGAGGAAGAUAUCGUCUCUAGAGAGAUAGAGACACCAGGCAGUGCUACUCGUCCAUCAAAGAGAGAAGACGGACCAGCUCCUUUGCUCAGAGUGUUAACUCCAGCUCCUUCUAGAUACGUUGUUAUCUACAAUGAUGACGUCACUGAUGAAGAAAGAGAACAGGAUUCUGCUUGGAUUACUGAUCUUGUUGAGAAGAACUCAAAGAGAGAAGAAGAGGUUCCAGAGGAGGAAGAGGAAGGUUUGAAGUUCUUCGAUUUCGCUUCUGUCAAAGGUUACCUGGGAUACUUCAGUACUGAGGCCUUGAAGGAGAUCCAAGAGAACCCCUUGGUGGACCACGUCGAGGAAGACGAAGUAGUGGAGCUUGCCAGCGUCGAGACGCAGAAGAAUGCUCCUUGGGGUCUUCGUAGACUUUCCACUCGUGAAAAGGUUGAUGAUCCACAAUACGUUUACGACACUGAUGGCGGUAAGGGUGUGACUGCUUAUGUUAUUGACUCAGGAAUCAAGUACCAGGACAGAGAGUUCCAAGGUAGAGCCUCAUACGGAACUGCUCUUGUGUUUCCAUAUAACCAUGGUGAUAUUAUGGGCCACGGUACCCAUGUGGCUGGUACAAUUGGCUCCAAGACGUAUGGUGUUGCCAAGCAAGUCAAGAUUAUUGCUGUUGAUAUCACCAGUAUGGUUGGAAACAUUCAGACCUCUCACUUGCUCCAAGGUCUUGACUAUGUCUACAAGGACCACAUGAAAACGGUGGCAGAUAAACCAAAGGGCUACAAAGGUUCCGUUUUGAAUUUGUCAAUCCAGGGAUUUACUGCUUCGCUGGUAACUAAAGGUGUGGAUGCAUUGAUCGAUGUUGGCGUACAUGUUGUUGCAGCUUCCGGUAACAAGGACAUUGAAGUGUGCUCUUACUCUCUUCCCAAGACGAAGGCAAUCAUUGUUGGUGCAGUUGAUAAGAACGACACUAAGACUUGGUUUUCUAACUACGGCCCAUGUGUGGAUAUCCAUGCUCCUGGUGAAAGAAUCGAAUCUGUGGGUCGUUUGUGGUCGCCAAGUAAGAAGAGUGGUACUUCUUUCGCUGCUCCACAUGUGUCGGGAUUGCUUGCAUACUUCAUCUCUUUGCACCCUGACCUGAACUCUGAGUUUAGCAUAGAUACUAUCAAGCCAAGCGAUCUCAAGACUCAGUUCCUCAAGUAUGCCACUAAGGGAGUUAUCAAGGGUCUUCCAGAAGGAACACCAAACUACCUCGCUUACAACGGUGGAGCUAACCCACUUGAGUUCUGGGGCGAGAAUUAA